AACAAUGGUUUGAAAAUUCAAUAGAACAAUCUCUUUGCAGUUACGGCUUCUGUUUGGAAGCAGCUUGAAGUCUAAUUUUUGUAAUACUAAAAAACAAAAGGCUUUGGAAACCAAAAGAAUAGCCGUUUGAUUUGAUGAAUUCUUAAUUGACGGGCUGGCUGUGCUUUUACUACGAAGACAUGCGCGUUUUAUUACAGUCUUAGUCCGCGUGCAUUCCCACGAGGGUUCGAAAAACAAAYCAUAUUGUUUCUGGUUUGAUCUUGGAAAAGAACUGCUAAAGAGCUUCUUAUUCUUAGCAAGCCCUGCUCUAGGAAUCAGAGUACAAGUAGAUCUGAAGGAUUUCUCGAUCGUAAAGACCUGUUGACUUACAGUAUUUUGAAAACAAGCUGUAGUAAAUAUUCUAAUAUUUACUAACUCCAGUUCAAGCUCAGAGGUAGAUUUGUGGAGCUUCAGACUUCAUAAGCAUAGGCUUCUUGAACACAAAAGAUCUGUUAUAUAAAUAUUCGCAAUGGGGUCAACAUCUAGCCCAGAUAAAACUAGCCAAAGCGUCAACUACUUGAUCAGUGGCCACACAAGCUACGUUCCCGAGGAUGGACUGAGCGCUUCAACGUUGUUUACUGGCUCCGAAGGCUUGACAUACGACGAUUUUAUCAUUCUACCCGGAUAUAUUGAUUUUACUUCAGACGAUGUUGAUCUGUCUUCAGCGCUGACUCGAAAUAUUACGAUCAAAACACCGUUUGUUAGUUCUCCGAUGGACACCGUGACGGAAUCGAACAUGGCUAUCGCUAUGGCUUUACAUGGAGGGAUAGGAAUAAUCCACCACAAUUGCAGCAUUGAAAUGCAAGCCAAUGAAGUAAGACAAGUAAAGAAGUUCAAGCAGGGUUUCAUAAAUGAUCCAAUAGUGCUGAGCCCUCGGCAUACCAUCCGAGAUGUCAUGGAAAUCAAAGAAAAAUACGGGUUUUCUGGAAUACCAUUAACUGAAAAUGGCUGCAUGGGCGGAGAACUAGCUGGCAUUAUUACAUCGAGAGAUAUCGAUUUCCUCACACCCAAUCAAUUCAACUCUCCCAUCUCAGAAUUCAUGACACCCAUGGCUAGUUUGGUGUUUGGAAGGGAUGAUUGUACUCUAUUAGAGGCAAAUGAAAUCUUGCAAAAAAGCAAAAAAGGGAAGCUGCCGAUAGUGAAUGAAAAUAUGGAGCUUGUGUCUUUGAUUGCUUAUUCUGAUCUCAAGAAAAACAGGAAUUUUCCUUUGGCUUCCAAGGACAAAAAGAAGCAGCUUCUAGUAGGUGCUGCAGUAGGAACACAUCAAGAGGACAAGCAGCGUAUAGAUGCCUUGGUUCAUGCUGGGGUUGAUGUCAUUGUGCUGGAUUCAUCCCAGGGGAACUCAGUAUUUCAAAUAGAAAUGAUUAAACAUUGUAAAGACAAGUACCCAGAACUUGAGAUCAUCGCAGGUAACGUCGUUACAGCAUCUCAAGCCAAGAAUCUCAUUGAUGCAGGUGCUGAUGGCCUUCGGGUCGGGAUGGGCAGUGGAUCAAUCUGCAUCACUCAAGAGAUCAUGGCAGUGGGACGAUCUCAGGCCACGGCUGUGUUUAAAGUCGCAGAGUACGCUCGUAGGUUUGGGAUUCCUGUUAUGGCUGAUGGUGGGAUUCGUUCUGUUGGUGACAUCACUAAGGCGUUGAGUGCUGGGUCGUCUACCGUCAUGAUGGGCAGUCUUUUGGCGGGAACCUCUGAAGCGCCUGGUGAAUAUUAUUUCUCUAAUGGGACCAGGCUUAAGAAAUAUCGUGGUAUGGGGUCUCUGGAUGCCUUAGAAUUCAAAUCAAGUCAGAGUCGUUACUUCGUGGAGAGCAAUCGAAUGAAGGUUGCACAGGGCGUAUCGGGUGCUGUAGUGGAUAAGGGCAGCGUGCAUCGAUUCGUGCCUUACCUUGUAUCAGGUCUUCAACAUGGCUGUCAAGAUAUGGGAGCAAAGAGCUUGUCUAUCAUGCGAUCCAUGAUGUACAGUGGUCAACUGAAGUUUGAGAAGCGAAGCAGUGCUGCGAAAAGCGAAGGAUCGGUGCACAGCUUACACUCUUAUGAAAAACGACUGUUCUAGACUUCCUCACUGGACACUACUCAUAGUAACUUUACUUUACUUUUCGUAUGACUGUGAAAAGCUCAGUGCCAUAUGCGUGACCGCGGUCGUAAUGUUUUCUAGAAUUUUGAUUGGCUGAGUUUUUUCUCGCGCAAUGUGAUUGGCCUGGCAGUGCCGAGACCGUUUUCGCGCCGUGUUUCAGGUAUUUGAUUGGAUGGUUGGCGUAUGCCUUGCUGUGUCAUGACAGCGAACUUUUCACAGUCAUACGAAAAUAUCUGGGCGGAACCUAACCUAAGGCAAGUUGAUAGUUUUCUCGCUGGAAAAGCAACAAUGUGAUGAAAGGAAAUCGCUUGAGUUUCUUUUCGUGUGGAAAUUUAACGGAGAAAAAACGUUUGGAUUUACAAUUCACUUUCUUUGAAUAGUCUAGAGUAGUUUUCGUGUAAUAAAUGCGAUAUUUAGCACAGUAUUAUGCUGUAAGCGUCUACAAGCUUUAUCAAAAAAAUCAUUUGGAAGUCAGUUUUUGGUUUCCCACUUAUACGAAACCGCUCUAUAAAUUGGUUACAUAUUGAUUAAAUUUCGCGGUUAAAAGUGUUUCCAAAAUGUGGAAACUGUAGUAGCUUGAUUAAGGCUAGUUAGUCUGGAGUGAUGAUAGAGUGCGUGAAAACUGAGUGUGUUUUCGCGUGAAAACGUAGUUGUUUUUGACUUGAUUGAAGAGUAAGGAAUUGAUGCGCGGAUAAUACUUUAAAAUUAACGCAUUUAAAAUUGUUAUUGUAAAACAUUGAGUUGAAUUAAGUGCGAUUUGAGUGUGCAAACUUAAUAUAUUAUAAAUCAAUUACGCAUAUCUUUUAGAAUCUUGGUGUAUCACUUGUCACUUAACUGUAUCCCCCCCUCCUAUUUAUUUUGAUAACUUUUGGUGCCACGGGCAAUUUUCUUUGCGCGAGUAUUACCAUCAUAAUAGUAAAGUGCACUCAACCUUU